AUUAAAAGGAGGAAAAGAUAUCCUCCAAAACGGAAAAAUAAAAACAUGAUAUGGUUGCCAAGACUGUAGGUUCAGUUAAGUAAAAACCACCCAUUUGGAAGGUGUAUACUCGCAGGAAUAAGCAGACAACAGAUUAUUGGGAGGGCAGUUAUGUUGGAAGUUAAUAUAAGAAGUUAAACAAUAAAGGUAGGCAAUUAUGUAGGAAUAAAUAGGAAGGGGGGUUAUGGGAGAAGGGUAGGAGGUAACUUACUGUUGUAGAUCUGAUAAGUGUCUCAGAGAGGAGGGCAAUGCCCCUUUGGUAGUUGGGUGUUUGUACAUUUGCUGUGUUUUGACUCUACUAUUUGUGGAUUUCAUCUUUUGUCCAUAAUUUCUACUGUCUACUAUUGAAUUCUGUUGUUGAUCUAUAUUUUCCCCUAUUGAGAUGUAUCAAAAUACAUCAGAGAAGAAGAAAAAAGUUGCAAUCAAGUUUCUCAAUCCCCUUGCAUAUAUGAAAUAGCAACUUUUAUUGAGACAGCCAUUUACAAAACUCCAAAGCAAGGUCAUACCCAAUCCUAUCCCAUAGACCCAGAGCAAGUUGAAGACACCCUUAAAUAUGCGAGCAGUGCACUCCAACCGAAGGCCCCAAAGAAUUGCAUAAACUGCUAUUUGCCACCAAAUUUUUGCCUUGUUUUUCUUAAGUCAAUUACCUAGCCAUAAGUAGUCAUAAGAAGCUGUUCCAUAGUAGAAGGACACACCCAAUGCUUGCUAAAACCCCACAAACUUGCAGCAAAUAAUUUAUAUUAAUCUUAAAAAGGAACCACUGUCAAGUUCUCGUAAUAUUUUACUUGGUGAUACUUUUCUCAUGUACCCGGUCUACUAAUUCUACUUUCAAUAUGGAUGUCCACCUCCAAAUGAACUGAAAGAACAAUGCUUGAGUAAAAUCGAUCAGUUAUUCCAUGAUCACUUGGAUGGCCUGCAGAUGCAUGAAUUCAAAUCAAUUACUAAGGAAGUUUGCAGGCUGCCUUCUUUUUUUUCCACUUCUCUUUUCAGAAAGAUUGACGACGGAACUGGUUUUGUGACAAGGAAAGCAUUUAUUGAUUAUUGGAUUAACGGCAACCUGUUGACGAUGGAUAUGGCUACUCAAAUAUACUCAAUUUUAAAGCAACCACAGCUGAAGUAUCUUACUCAGGAUGAUUUUAAACCUGUGCUACGUGAGCUUUUAGCAACUCACCCAGGGCUGGAGUUCCUGCAGAGCACACCUGAGUUUCAAGAGAGAUAUGCUGAAACUGUAAUAUACAGAAUCUAUUAUUACAUUAAUAGAUCUGGAAAUGGCCGUCUUACACUGAGGGAGCUGAAGCGUGGUAACAUAAUUGAUGCAAUGCUGCACGCUGAUGAAGAAGAAGACAUCAAUAAGGUUUUGAGGUACUUCUCUUAUGAGCAUUUUUAUGUUAUAUACUGCAAAUUUUGGGAGCUGGAUACAGAUCAUGAUUUCUUGAUAGACAAAGAGAACCUUAUCAGAUACGGAAACCAUGCGCUUACCUAUCGAAUUGUUGAUAGAAUAUUUUCUCAGGUCCCAAGAAAGUUUACCAGUAAGGUUGAGGGGAAGAUGGGAUAUGAAGAUUUUGUUUACUUCAUACUGUCAGAAGAGGAUAAAUCAUCUGAGCCAAGUCUUGAGUAUUGGUUCAAGUGCAUAGAUUUGGACGGAAAUGGAGUUCUGACAAGGAAUGAACUACAAUUUUUUUAUGAGGAGCAGUUGCAUCGGAUGGAGUGCAUGGCCCAAGAGCCUGUGCUUUUUGAGGAUAUAUUGUGCCAGAUAAUUGAUAUGAUUAAACCUGAGAAUGAGAGCUUCAUAACUCUACGUGACCUGAAAGGCGGUAAACUCUCAGGAAGUGUUUUCAAUAUCCUGUUCAAUCUAAAUAAGUUCAUGGCCUUUGAAACUCGUGACCCAUUUUUGAUUCGUCAGGAACGUGAGAAUCCAACAUUGACAGAGUGGGAUCGAUUUGCUCAUAGAGAAUAUAUUAGACUUUCAAUGGAAGAAGACGUAGAAGAUGCCUCUAAUGGAAGUGCAGAAGUCUGGGAUGAAUCACUAGAGGCUCCCUUCUGAGAUAGUUUAUGGGAUGAAAAGAAAUUAUCGCCCCAGAGCUGAUGGACUGGCAAUUGUUCAGAGACACUGGACACAAGAUCAGCUUUUAUGUCGAUUGUGCGAACUUUGCUUCAAAGAGCGGGAAAUUCCAAUAACUGACUAUGGAAUGUAUUUUUGAUGGGCAAGCUACAACAAUAUUCAGAUCUGCUGGUAGUAACAUACAUUGGGGCCAUUAUCAUGGAAGUUUUGUUGCCUUGUACCGAUAUCCAUGCAAAAUGAGGACGUUUGCUCAGAAGUGUUAGCCAGGUUGAUUUAUAUUGAAUUGAGUAUGUUGUUAUUUGGGGGCACUUGAGUUAUUAAGGAGCAUAAAUAUCAAGAUUUUUCCCGUUUGAAUCUUUUAGUAGUUUGCUUCAAUUUUCGGGUCAUUUUUGCCCCGUAUCUGUCGAAGGGUACAUUUAGGUCGUCAUCUGUGCCUCCUGUUGUUGUCUUUCACUGAAAUUAAUCUUUUGUUAGGAAUUGAAGAAUUUAAAGAGUACUGCUAGUCAUAUAAAACGUCACAGUUUUUCUGGACUAUUAGAUUUAUCUCUCAAGAUAUGUGCAGGAUUAUAUUAACACUUUUCCGCAUAGACACUCCUAUUAUUCAAUGGCAUUGGGGGUAGUAUGUUUACUAUUCAAAAGCUUUGUACAUGUACAUU